UUAACAAAGAUUACAGCGGUCUCCUCUCAUUGCCUGCUUGCACUUUUCUCCGCUUGUAUAUCAUUACAAACCCAGAGGGAAUAUCUUUUCUCGCUACUGUGGAGAGCGUCAUCAUGACAACAGAGAAAGGUUUAGUGGCUGAGGCAGAAAGUCCUCCUCAGGAUCAAAAGCAGGAAGGUGGGGAGGAGGCAGAAAAGUGCAAACCUCACCCUGAGGAAGCUGGUACAGAGGAGCGUUCCGAGAUAGAGCCGACCCAGAGCUCUCCAUCCGCUGCCUCACCAAGCACUCGCAAAGCCAAGGACCGCAACUCAGAAGGCAAGGGCCUAUCACGCCUCUUUUCAUCCUUCCUCAAGAGGCCGAAGUCUCAAGUGUGCGAGGGAGACAAAGACGUUCAGUCACCUACAGAAAAAGCAGAAGAAGAAAAUCAGAAGCAGCUUGAUGAAGGUUUGGGAGAGCAGCUGGAUGAUGAUGAUGUUUUUCUGAAGGCUCCCAUUGCCGACCCAGAACCUGAACUACGAACAGACCCGUCCUUAGAUCUUCAUUCUUUGAGCAGUGCAGAGACCCAGCCUGCUCAAGAGGAUUUAAAGGACGACCCGGAACCCGAGGAAGAAGAAGAACCAAAGAAAGGAGACGAACAACCAUCAAAAGUUGAAGUAGAGGUGAAGGCCACUCAGAAAGCACCCAGGAGAUCUCCCAACAUGCGCUGCAAGGUCACCCUUCUAGAUGACACCUUAUAUGAAUGCGAACUGGAGAAACAUGCUAAGGGUCAGGACCUGUUUAAGAAAGUCUGCAGCCACCUGAACAUUUUAGAGGAAGACUAUUUUUCCCUCGCGCUCUGGGAGUCCCAGACUAGCAAGGUAUGGAUCGACCCAUUGAAAGAAAUGAGGAAGCAGGUUCAUGGAGGCCCUUGGGACUUCACCUUUAAUGUGAAGUUUUAUCCACCUGAUCCUGCUCAGCUGACAGAAGAUAUAACCAGGUAUUACCUGUGUCUGCAGCUGCGCAAGGAUAUCCUGAGCGGCAGCCUACCGUGCUCUUUUGCCACUCUAGCCCUGCUGGGCUCCUACACAGUCCAGUCUGAAAUAGGCGAUUAUGAUGAAGAUCUACACGGCUCCGACUACGUCAGUGAGUUUAAACUCAGUCCAAAUCAGACCAAGGACCUCGAGGAGAAGGUUAUGGAACUGCAUAAGUCACACAGGUCAAUGACACCAGCGCAGGCUGACUUGGAGUUUUUGGAGAAUGCCAAAAAGCUUACCAUGUAUGGAGUGGACAUUCAUCACGCUAAGGAUUUGGAGGGGGUUGACAUCAAACUUGGAGUCUGCUCUAGUGGUCUCAUGGUCUUCAAGGAUAACCUGAGGAUUAAUCGCUUCCCCUGGCCAAAGGUCCUAAAGAUCUCCUACAAAAGGAGCAGCUUCUUUAUCAAGAUCCGACCAGGGGAGCAGGAGCAGUACGAGAGCACGAUAGGAUUCAAGCUGCCCAGCUACCGGGCUGCUAAGAAACUUUGGAAGGUCUGUGUGGAGCACCACACAUUCUUCAGAUUGACAUCCACAGAAGCCAUCCCUAAACACAGGUUCCUGUCACUGGGAUCCAAAUUCCGCUACAGUGGGCGUACACAGUCCCAGACCAGACAUGCCAGCGCUCUUAUUGAUCGUCCGGCCCCCCAGUUUGAACGCACUGCCAGCAAAAGGAUCUCCCGCAGCCUGGAUGGAGCUGCUAUGACCCCAGAGCAAAGCCCCCGUCCUGUAUCUGCUCCAGUCAUCGCUCAGAGUCAAGUAGUUACACAGCCCACAACGUCCAAAGAGACUGCUGCCAAGAGAACGGAGGAGGCUUCCACUAAGGCCGAGGAGAAAGAGAAGCCCCAAGAGAGGGUGCCAAAGACACGGGAAACACCUGAGGAGUCCGCAUCAACGCCUCAAGACUCUCAUUCCCCAAACGUCAAUGGAGGCCAAGCACAGCAGCAGCCGCCUGAAAAGGAGGAUGAGAUUAUUCGCAUGAGGAAGAAAAGAGCAAAGAAACUAGAGGGGGAAAACAUUUAUAUCAGGCAUAGCAAUUUAAUGUUGGAGGACCUUGAGAACGAAAAUGAAGAAAUCAUCCGACAUCAUGCCAGUAUCCGCGAGCUGAAGAAGAGCUUUAUGGAGUCUGGGCCAGCUCCCAGACCAAGCGAGUGGGACAAGCGGCUAUCUACCCACUCUCCUUUCCGUACCCUCAGCUUCAAUGGACAGGUCCAGACAGGCACAGAUGGGCCUCCGUUGGUAAAGACCCAGACUGUGACCAUCUCCAAUGCGACAGCCGGUGAGAAGGGCCAGAUCCCCACAAAGGAAGUACCUUUGGUGCACACAGAGACCAAAACUAUAACUUACGAGGCAGCUAGGACUGAUGACAUUGCCAACGACCAGGAACCUGGAGUUUUGCUUACUGCUCAUACAAUCACCUCAGAGACCACCAGUAGCACCACUACCACACAGAUCACCAAGACUGUAAAAGGUGGAAUCUCCGAAACCCGGAUUGAAAAGAGGAUAGUUAUCACGGGUGAUGGUGACCUUGACCACGACCAGGUUCUGGUUCAGGCAAUCAAGGAAGCAAAAGAACAACAUCCAGACAUGUCGGUCACCAAGGUGGUGGUUCAUCAAGAGACGGAGAUAGCCGAUGAUCAAUAAGCAAGAGGUCCAGCUGAAUCCUCUAUUGGGACCAAUAAAUAAUGUGAAUUUCACUGAAAACCAGCAAGUUUCCUAAAGAAGCUCCCCACCCUUGGCACAUGGCCCUGAUGAUUCUACAUUGUUGAUUCCACCCUAAUUUUAACUCCUCAGUUCACUCAGACAUGGAAGAACACGUGUUCGAACACUGCAUUUCCAUAAAAACAGCAAUUUUCGUGAAAAAAAAGAACAGGUCCACGUGCAUUAUCGAUGGGUUCAAUUCAAUACCCAUAACACAAGCCUCCUUCUUAAGCUGCAUUUGUAUUCUAUGAGUAAUGAAUGUGUUUUUCGCUUCCAUGACACUGGAUUAUUGUGAGGGACGCUGGUACUGUAAGUGUUACAAGAACUGGAUGUGUAGGAUUGACCUCUGUCUAUGAGAAAUGCCAAACAGUUUAACUAUGAAAACUAGAUAAGUUGCAGACAAUGGUGGCAGUGGAAAUAGAAAAGACUUGUCCUCUCCUUUGAAUCAGUUCUGAUGUUUUUAUGAACUACAAUUUGAUGAAAAGUCCAACUUCUUACAUAGUGUUGGUGAUAAACGUAUUAACUCACUUUCAUUCUGUCGCGACACUACAGAGAUUAAAAGAGAAAGUUGGACAAAAUCAGCGGUAGCCAGUAGGUAGUUCUCUACCUGUUGUAGAGCUGCAUGUCCCACGAGGCUUAGCCAGAGCCACUCUUUGACUGACUAAGCAUUAUAGGAGUUCCACAGCAGCUGGAGAGUCGCUUACUUGCUACCCAUGAUCUAGCCUUUAAUUAGUGUGUUACCCUGCAAUACGUUUGAUAUGUGCACUGGCCUCUUUCUACCUGCUUGUUCGUGUCGGACACAGAUCAUUCUUUUGCCUGCGUGUGUGUCACUGUGUCACCCUGAGAUUGGACAAAUAGUGUCUCUUGCUUUAGGAAACCUGAUGCAGGUGUGAGGGUCAUAAAAAAAACUAAAAUGUGUGAGAACUGCGUUUUCUUUUUAAGUAUAUUUUUGAACAUAUUUACAAUUAUUGGAUGUCGGUCUCAAAAUCCAAAAACUCACAAUGUAUUAUUUUCUACUUUUAAAUAAUGAAGGAUAUUUGUAAAUGUGGUUUAAUUCAAUUUUUAUAUAUAUAUACGGUAUAUAAAUGAAUUGUGAUAGGUCGUAUUUUAGCACAUUUUACCAGCUUUCAAAGUUAGACAUCAAUUUGUUGCCGGAUUACACAUUAAGAUAAAUAUUUGUAGCAUCUGGAA